AUGCGCCCCAUGCCCGAAGGCGCCGCGCCCGUCGUCGACGAAGACAUGCCCAAACAGGAUGAGGAAGAACUUCGACGACGACGCGCGCAGGCGCUGAAAUCGUGGCUGGAGGAUGAGUUGGGAACCGAGAAGACGGCGCUCAUGGCGGUGUUGGCGAAACACCGGGUGCAGAUACCCGGAGGGGGGGACGAGGCGAAGGCGCUGCUGGAGGAGUUGUUGGAGUGGAAAGCCGAGGGCGUCGUAAACGCGCGUUCGACGGACGCCGCGGAUUAG